UAUAGUUUCAUUUUCGACUCUUUCAAAAUUCAUUAUAGGAUCCGCAAUUAAAAAAAUGUCUGUUCUGUGGCUCUUGUGUUGCAUGGGAAUCCUGUUGGUUUCUGUGGCACGCGGUGGGCUCUUGGAUAUGGGAAACUGCUCGAGGCUGUUUAACACGAAGACUCUGGACUGGUGCUGCGGUAGGAACGUUUUGAGCAUGUUCGCCUUUGUGGGCACCAACUGCACUGCCUACUUGAACGACUAUGGACCAUGCCGCUAUGAUUGUAUCUUCAAUCACUGGGGGAUACGCGACGAGACGCAGUUCAAACUCAAAAUGCCAGAGCUGUUCAUGAUGAUUACCAAGCUGUACAGUCCUCUGAACGGAUACCACAGCUAUGGCGUGGCCCUGAAGAUGGCCUACGAAACCUGUGACCGACUGGGCACCAAGUACGCAGACUUCAUUAUGCUCUAUUCCUAGACUUCUACCACGCUCAGUGCGCGGCGAUAUAUCUGAUGCUCGAAUGUCCUCGAAGAUACUGGCACCCGGAUGCCCCGGAGUGGAAUAUCCUAAAGGAGACAGUCCGAUCCUGCGUCCGCAUUUUCGAAGAGGGUACUCUACCGAAGAGCGACCCGGAGACGAAGAGUUCGGGCAGUCGGCUAUACACGGUUGGCCUGCUCGCUUUUCUAGCUAGUGUCACCUGUACAUAUUUCCAGCUACAUAUAUGUAAAGGACAGUGUAUCAAGCAGUUAACACUAUCCCAUCUAAAUUAACGUUUG